AUGAUCCAAGAAAGUAGUCCAGAUGCCUUAGCAGCAGCAGCAGCAAUUGGAAAUGCGCUCAGUUAUAAUGGGAGGACCGUUGACAAGAGUAAAAUACCGCAAUACAAUCAGAGUUUUACCUCUCGAACUACGUCAAUCGCAGGGAUUAAUAGGUAUACAAUGCUCUCGAAUUCUAGGACUAACUCAAGGAUGCUCUUAAUGAAUGGUAACGUUCGCCAAUACUCUAAGCGCACGUCGAGUUUGCCAAACCAAGGACAUAAGAAUACCUCUAAUAAUUCGGCGGGGAGAAGGCAACACAGGGCUCACGAGGAUGCAGAAACCACGUUUCGAGAAUUUGGAGGCAAGCAGUCAUCGAAGGUUUUAAACAUUUCAAGUUCGACUGGUCAGAAUAGUAAAUCAAGGACCACAUCACUUGGGAACUCAGGCAGCACAAUAAGGACGAUAAAAAAAUACAUACCAGGCCCUAGGGGGUUAAUGGCUGUGGAAGUACCCGUGGAAGUAGAGCCUCCUAGAUACAGUCUGAGCAACCGCUCAAACCAACGAGGUGGUAGAGCAUAUUCUUUGCCUACUCGAAACAACAAAACUAGUCUAAUGCAUAGGAAUAAAACUACUAAGAAAGCAGGAUCACAAGAGAAAAAAAGUGAAAGCGGCGGUAAAUCAAAAAACGAUUAUCAUGGCAAAGUAUUAUCUAAAAUGCAUACUACAUCAUUAAAGCAACGGCAUAACAAUGUUCCAUUAAUACCAACAACUAUGAACGAGGAAACGGAACAAGAACUGCAAGAGGAUCUUCAUGAUCCUUUAGAAUUUAAACCCAUGAUUAUAUCCGAUGACGAAAACUCUUUUAUUGAACCCAGCGUUCUCGAUCGUAGCAUACCCAAAAAAGAUAAAAGUGGUCUCAGUGGACGUGAGAAAAAGGAAGAAAUUGAAACAUUGCUUAAAGAGGUUCAUAGCUUGGAGGAAAAAAUAUCAAAUAUCGAAAUAGCAAAAUUGAACGAAGAAGAAAGGGAACAAAGCUUAAUUUUGGAAUUGCGAAAAGUUAAGCUAGAUGAAGAACGGAGAAUGGAGUUAUUGAAAAGAGAGCUAAAUAUAGUUAAGGAGAAUGCCGACCUUGAAGCCCAAGAAUUAAAACUAAUUGAAAGCAAAAGAAAACAACACUUUCACAAAGGACAGGAAGUAGCAUCCGAGGUCAAAUCGAUCACGAUUCGUCAACCUACUUUAUCAGAACCUAAGCCUGCCUAUGUACCUCCGGAAGACGUGGAGAAAGAGCCAUCAACUCUCUCCAAUCAAACUCAGAAUAUUGAAAAUGCAGAGAAUAUCGAUUCUGUUGAUGCCGAAGGAAAUUUAGUAGAUCCUAUUCUUCUCGGCUCUUUAAACAAUUCUAACUUCCACAUGAAUUCAGAUAACGAAGUGAGGUGCAUUGCAGAUUCAAACAGUCUCACUGGCAGCGAAUUAUCCGAUUAUAAUUAUAUAGAAGGCUCGGCAACUGAUCUUCGCGCUACUGCAAAGACAAGUGUGGAGUCUGAAAUAGGCGGAAAUCAGGUUGGACUAAAAAUUCCGCAAGAUGAUGAUAGUGAAAAACAGGAAGAACGUACAAAGGGAAAAAAGUCAGGCCUCGUCGAUACAAAUUGCUUUUUAGUCCAAAAAGAAGAUCAAGAAGAGGCGCUUUCCGAUAAUGAACCGGAAAGUUCUGAAAAAUUCCCUAGCACUUCUGGGAUCGAGAACGUUAAACUGGAGGAUGAGACUGGUAGUGUUAUGGACAAAAAUAAUGGACCCAACAAUGACAAGGACGAUGAUGAUGACAAAGACAAUGAUAAUGACGAUGAUGAUGACAAGGACGAUGAUGUUAACGAUGAUGACAAGGAUGAAAAUGUUGACGAUGAUGAAAAUGUUGACGAUGAUGAUGACGAUGAUGAUGACGAUGAUGAUGAAUAUCAUGAUUCUUAUGACGUGAUAAUGAGAGAUCCGGUUCAAAUAGAACAAGAUAUAUCUGACGUGCCUUCAUUAAAACACCCUUCAGAAUAUUCUACCGAGACAGAAGAUAAUAAAAAGAAGGAACAAAAUUCUGAAAAUGCAGAAGUUAGUCAGUCCGGAACAAACAUGGCCAAGUAUUUACGUGGUGCUAAUCCUUACCUCACUAACACAAGUUCAGACACUUUCAGCCUAGAUUCCGAAAACGUGAACUCCAAGUCCUCCACGGAUACCACAAGAGUUGCACCUGACCUUUUGAAAAGCUCACUACAACCACAACUUAGAUCUGAUUUGAAACAAUCAGCCGUUCCAUCAAGUACUUCCUCGUCCAUUUAUUCGAUAGAAACGUCUCCAAAUAUUGAUUCCUCUACAGGGAAAACUGCUUCCAAUACGAAAACGAACAGCCAUGGCCCUCCGACGAGUAUUUCAAAACAGAAAUACGAUCAAUCUAGUUCUCAUCAAAUACCCGUGAUGUCUCCCAAGCGUCUCGACGAUAAAAGAAAAAUCACCAAUCGUUCGUGCCUAAGAACUCUACGUGGUAGUUCAAAUGAGGCUACUCUUUCGCAUAAUAUAGUAUAUCCAGCUUCUGACUCAUCUUCAUCCCCUCCAUAUCAUAGCAAGAAGCCAUCAAAUCCUCCAUCAUCUGGCAACUUGGCUUCACACGAGGCGUCCAAGUGUUUUCCAAAAGCUCCUCAGGCGAGCACAACAUCGAGACGAUUGCCUGAUCAUGUCCCUCUAUACAUUGAUAAAAAUAAUAGUGCACUCUACCCCAAAGAACCCCCCGCCAGGAAGUCUAGUUUUGAGAAGGAAAGACCUGCGAAGGAUAACCUAGGAUUUAGAAGCAUGUCUUUGAGAGAGCCACUUAUCACAAAGAAUGCUACAGCCACAGCAGCAGAGAACCUGGAUGUGGAAGAAAAGAAGGAAAAAGGAGGUCAUGUCUCAAGAAAAUCAUGGACUUUUGGUUUGCCCUCUCCGCUGAAAAGGAGAACAAGUCAUUCUACUCAUACCACGAACGAAACAGAGAUAGUUAAUCCCAUGACGAACUUCAAAAAUAAGACCAACGAAAACGAUAUGCCAAUAUUAGCAAAUAAAAAGAGCUGCAACAACGAUGAUUCUUCCCCUUACACUGCAUCAUCCAUGAACACUAAUGACGUAAGCGAAGCUGGUACAGAAGGCCACCGGUUUUCAUUAUUCGGAAAUAAAAGCCAAUUGUCAAAUAGGAACAUAUCUGGUGGAACAGCCACUUUGGAGUCAUCAAAUCCUGACCUGCCUACAGCCUUACCAUUAAGCGUUCCGGUGACUAUCAUUGAUAAAAAUGGAGAGAUACACAAGCUUCAUAACGAUGAUGCAGCUAUAAAAGAUAAGUCGCAUGACCGUCACGGUCACAGUAAAUUCGGUAGGAAACUGAAAAAAAUUUUUGGCAGGAAAUGA